AUGCCCGCAUCCAGAGUGCGAGGUCAGGCCUCUGGUAAAAAAUUGGAUGCUAGAUCUGAGGUGUUAUAUUUUCUAGCUCCUGGACCUGCUAACUUUGUGAAUAGUAUUGUGGGCAUCAUGGAAGACGACGGCCCAAGGCCCAUGAGGAAUAUGAGACCCGCAGAGAAACAACGCACGGGCGCCGAUAAGUUCCAGAGUGAACAUCAUGGCCAAUACGAGGCUCGUUGCCGACAGAGUCGUGACAAAGUUAAUGAUAGAGUUCACGCCCACAAUUCUGCCUACCCCAAGAUGUAUGACGAGCUUGAUAAUAGGCGGUCAACGGCUAAGCCCUCAAUGCGUCCCGAGCGAUCAGCGUCCUACCGUGGAAAAAGUAAAGCACUUUGUUGUAGAUGCCUAAGGCUAAAGAAUCGAGAAUUGAAACAAGUCCGAAGAUAUUCUAGGUCUCCAAACAGACGAAUGAGAUCAUAUAAAAUGAAAUCAAGAGUAACCAAGCCUAAACAAAAAUUUACCAGAAAAUAUCAAUCACGUUCUAAGAAUCCUAAGUCUAAAUUUAAUAUAAGUAAGGGCUGUCAGUAUUAUCGGGUGCCGCUAGAAACGAAAAGCGUUUCAACUUGUGAUGAUGAUUAUGCAGACGACAAUAAGGCAGGAGGUAGUAAGAGGCAGGAGACUGGUCAUAAAUCGAAAGAUAUGGAUGAAAAGACUUUGAAACGUGAAGAUUCCGCAAUUAGCAUUGCAGGUGCGCCAAAGUCUGAGAUUUCUCAAAAUCCAGGGACCAGCGCGCCAUCUCUUAGCAGUUAUAAUAGUUACUUGUCCAUGGAUCAUGAGCCUAUGGUCGAAUGA